AUGGAACGAGACGAAGAAAGGGAGGCGGAGGAAAAGUCCAGCUGGUGGCAAAUGCCUAAUCAAAGAAAAAGGUCGUCGGAACGUUCGCUGUGCCCUCAGUAUGUUUUAGAGGAAGCUAGAAGACGAAUAGAAAAUGGUGAAAGCAAAAGAAAAGUAGCAUCGUCGUACGGGAUGAAAGAAAGUACUUUGCGGUAUCGCCUGAAGACAAAAGAAGCUGCAACAAAGCUUGGUAGAUAUGAUGCAACUCUUUCUCCCGAAAUUGAACAGGAAUUUUGUAAUUAUUUGGAAGAUCUUGACAAUAUGUUUCAAGGGAUGACUCCUAAGAAUUUGAGGAUUGCUGCUUACGAGUUUGUGGUGAAAAAUAAUAUUCCUCAUCGUUUCAAUGCCGAAAAGAAAAUGGCAGGCAAACACUGGCUUCGUGGAUUUCUCAGUCGGCACCCAGAUCUUUCACUAAGACGUCCAACUUCCACAAGUAUUGCUAGGGCGAUGGGAUUUAAUAAGCCACAAUGUGAAAGGUUCUACAAAAAUCUAGCAGAAUUGAUGGACAAGUAUAAGUUUCCUCCAACUUCCAUUUAUAAUAUGGAUGAAACUGGUCUGUCUACCGUACAAUCCUCCAAGGGUCAUAUCAAAAAAAGGAAAGCGCGCUGUUAA